AUGGCGAGACCAAAGCCGCGACGGCCGCGGCGCCGCCGCCCCCGGCUGGCGCUGCUCUCGUCGUCGGGGCAUGGGCCACGUGGCGCCGCUGGCCGAGCUGGCGCAGCGGCUGCACGAGGCACACGGCUUCACCACCACCGUGCUCACCUACGCCAGCUCCAACUCCACCGCGCAGCGCGCGUUCCUGGCGUCCCUGCCGCCGACGCCGUGGGCGACGCGUCGCUCCCGCCCAUCCCGCUGGACGACCUCCCCGCGGGCUCCGCCAUCGAGAUGCUGCUCUCCGUCGAGGCGCAGCGGUCCGUCCCGGCGCUCAUGGCGGUGCUGACGGACCUCAGGUCCCGGACGGGCAACAACCUCGUCGCGUUCGUCGCCGACCUCUUCGGCGCCGACACGCUGCGGGCGGCGUGCGACGCCGGGGUGCCCGGGUACCUCUUCUUCCCGUCCAACCUCCUCAUGCUCUCGCUGAUGCUCCACCUCCCGCGCCUCGACGCGGAACUCACCUCCACCAUUGGAGAGUUCGCGACAUGCCGGAGCCCGUCAGGCUCCCCGGCUGCGUGCCGGUGCCCGGCGCCGACAUCCUGCAGCCGCUCUAGGACCGCGCCAGCGACGCGUGCCGGUGAAUGGUGCACCACGGCGAGAGGUACCGCGACGCGGCCGGCAUAUUGGUGA